AUUAACAGAUGGACUCCCCUUUAAAAGAUAUGACAGGAACGAUUGUUAAUAAGUACAAUUCAUAAUAAAUUAGACAAUACAAACUUAUCAAGAAAUUAGGAGCUGGUGCUUUUGGUGAAAUUUAUUCUUCGUAAUCAAAUGGAUUAGAGUAUGCUAUAAAAAUAGAGAAAUCUGAUUCGAAACAUCCUUAGUUAGAAUUUGAAUCAAAAUUAUAUCACUAUUUGAAUAAUCAUAAUGGAUAAGGAAUUCCAAAAUAUUAUGGCUAUUAUUCUCAAGAUGGUUAUAAUUUUUUAGUAAUGGAAUUACUUGGUCAAUCACUUGAAGAUCUCUUUUCUGAAAACAAUCGUAUUUUUACACUACAAACUGUUUGUGUUUUAGGAAUUUAAAUGUUAGAAUGUAUAGAGUUCUUACAUAGCAAAUAAUUCAUUCAUCGAGAUAUUAAACCAGAUAACUUUUUAAUGGGUAAAGCUUAAAAGGAUAGAGUAUAUUUAGUAGACUAUGGAUUAGCCAAAAGGUAUAUUUCAAAAGAUCUUCAUAUCCCUUAUAAAGAUAACAAAGCUUUAACUGGAACUGCUAGAUAUGCUUCUAUUAAUACACAUCUUGGUAUAGAAUAAUCUAGAAGAGAUGAUCUAGAAUCUUUAGCUUAUGUUUUGAUGUAUUUUUUAAGAGGAUCUCUUCCUUGGUAAAAUUUAAGAGCAAAUAAUUAAAAAGAAAAAUACGAUAGAAUUAUGGAAAAAAAAUUAGCCACAUCUUCAGAAACCUUAUGUAAAAAUUACCCAUCUUAAUUAUUGUAAUUUGUAGAUUAUACUAAAAAUUUAAAAUUUGAUGAAAAACCAGAUUAUUAAUUUAUUAAAAACCUCUUUAUUUCAAUCAUGUAAGAAAAUGAUUUAAGAAUGGAAUAUAUCUACGAUUGGGAUGAUGAAAAUACUUAAAGAGAUAAGAUUUAAAUUAGAAAUGAAGAAAAGAAUGUACAACUUAAAACAAAUAAAUAAAGUAGUAAUACUUAAUAAAGAGCUAAUAUACAUUAAGAAAAUAAAAAUUUAAAUGCCAACAGUAUUUAUAUGAGAAAUUGCAGUAAUGUUAAUAAUAAAUACAGUAUUGGAAGAACAAAAACCAAUUCUAUUGGAUCAAUCAAUAAAAUUAUAGUAACGAAAACAAAAUAAAUAACUAAUAAUACUAUCAAUAGUUUGACCAAUUAAAAUACAAUACCAAACAAUAAUAAUAAUAAAUUGCAUUAAAACUUAGCUAAAUAGAUUAUUAAGAAGCAUUCUAGUUUACAUUACUAAUGA